AGAUAGCGUAAUGUUGAUAGUAAUCAUUAUGCUUCUUUUCAGAGAAGAUGAAGAACUCUCUGCUUGCAGCUAUCAUUUUAUUUGUAGCAGAUUCCUGUAACUAUUUAAGCUGGGAUUUUCCAUUUUGCAAGCAGCUUUCAGAUUGGGACAAUGAAUUGGCCUGUUACAAAGAACUAAGUGAGGAUCUAACCUGUACCUGGCUGCCGGCACCCAGUGCUCCAAAUAGUAUUAAUUACACCUUAUUUUUAAAAUGGGAGAGAAUCACAAAGCUUUUUAGAAGAAACACUUCAUCACCUUCCAUCACAAUAGAACGAAAAAAUCUCUUCAUGAACCGUUCUGCAUCUAUCUGGAUAGCAGUGAACUAUGCUCAUGCCAGCUGUGUGAAAGGAAAGAACAUUUCAGUUACACCAAGAAAAGCAGGGAAGUGUUUGACACCAUCUAACAUAAAAGCUCAUCAGAUCACAAAGCAAUUGGUCAUAAAAUGGAACUUACCUACAACUCCUACAGAAUACGAGUUGAGAUACAGAGAGGCACUGACAAAAGCCACUCAGUGGACAAGGGUGCCCAUAGAAACCAAUGCUGUUAACAUCACUGUUUCAAAUGCUGCGUCUUCAUAUAUCAUUCAGCUCAGAUGUAUAACCAAGGAUGGUCUUCAUUGUGUUUGUAUUUGGAGUAAAGAGAUUUUGGUCCCUCACAAGCUCAUGAACAAGCCAAGAAUAUCAUAUAAUGCAACUACAGAAAUAUCAUCAGGCAGAAGAAGUGUUCUUCUUAAGUGGGAGGUAAUGCAAAGUGAGAACGCCAUUGGAUACUACAUUGAUGUUGAAAGAAUACCCAACAGUUGCUGGGAUUCACCAAAUCGCAUCAUUCUAAAGGACAGAAAGGUUCUUCUAAAUAUCUCUAUGGCUUACUAUAGGAUUCAUAUUUCUGCCUAUAACAAAGCUGGACAAUCUCCACAAACCAUCUACACCGUCCCAGAUUUCUCUGCAACAGAUUUGCCUGGCCAAAUUAAUGUUAAGCCUCAUGGAAAUAAUGUGGUUGUCACCUGGAAUCCAGAAUACAGUCCAAAAUGUUUUGUGGUUGACUGGGGCACUCGUAAAGAGGAUAUGCGCAUGAAAAUAGUAGCUACAGCUGCUGGAAAUUUCACGUUAGACAAUAUUAAUCCAUAUAAGUUGUACAAAAUCAUGGUGCAUGCAUCUGAUGUGUGUCAGUGUGAAAGUUUCAGAGGACAUGAAAAGACUUUUGGAGUAACCCACUUUUACUCAGUUGAAGGAGUUCCUAGGAUAGGACCCACUAAUAUAACAAUUCUAAAUAUCACAAAGCAUUCUGCAUUUGUGAAGUGGUCUCAAAUAUCUGCUGAAGACUGUAUGGGCUUUCUCCAGGGAUACAUAAUCAAAUACACAGAUUCAUCAAUGAAAAAGUUUCUGGCUGCUAGCAUCGACUCUUCUACUACAAGUUACCAUCUUACUGGACUUAAGGAAAAGACCAUCUACCGUGUAGAGAUUUCAGGAUUCACUAAAGCUGGAGAAGGAUCACCAUCUUUUUCACCACAAUUCAGUACUCUAAAAUAUGAAAAAGGAGAAUUUGAAGGUUUAAUGACUGGCCUUUGUUUCAGCAUGUUUGCUCUGGUUUUUGCACCUAUGACAUGUAUUCUGAUGCUUAAGAGGUUGAAAAUAUCAUGCUGGUCCAGUGUACCAAAUCCAAGAAAGAGCAGUGCAAUCCAAGAUAUGAGUAACUGGAAACCCAUUUCAAAAUCACUGCUUCGAACCCUGCCAGACAAUGAUACCACCAGUCUUUAUGUCAUAGAGCACGAGGAAAAGGCAUCUUUGAAGUUAGAGCACUUUACAGAUGGCAGAGAAGACAGCAAGCAUGACAUCAGAGAGUCAGAAGAACCUAGCAAUAAUAUAGGCAUAAAUAUAAUACAUAAAGAAAUCCCUGAAAAAACAGUUACAAAUGAAAAAGAUGGAAUAAUUUCCUUUACGGUACCCCUCUUGAGUGACUAUACCAGCAUGGAGUGCAGCCAGAAAGCUCUGAUGAGUCUGACAGUGAAGCUGCCUGCAAGACCUGCUCAUCCUCACCUGGAAAUGGAACUAAGUAGUAAGCCAACACAAACUGAACAUCAAGUUUUGUUUGCUCCCCAGGACUACCUCAAACAAAGCCAGGUAGUAUUUUUGCCACCUAGACCAACUUCGGUGGGAAAAGUCGAUUUGAACUGAGGAAUCUUGAAAAAUUCAACUUUCAAAACCUCAGGUACAUGAAUGCAGGGCAUUAAGAGCAUAUAAGACAGUGACUUUGUGAUGAGAACUGUGCUCUAGUUCAGUGGGCAUCCUUCCUCAGACCCCUUGGUCUGAGGAAAACUAUUUCUAGUCGUCUAGUCUAAAAACAACAAUUUCUAGUGAUCAGAAGAGCUUGCUACUUAGUAUUAGCAGUGUAAGAUCUGGUUUUCAGAUAUAACAAUAAUGUUCUUCAGUAAAAAUCCUACAAAAACCACCUACCAUGACAAAGCUCUCUAGUUAGUUGAAUGAACAAAAUAGUGGGAUGCCUUGAAUUUAGGAAUAGAAAAUGAUGCUUACACAUCUAUGGAACUUAGAUGAAUAAUCCUGAUGAAGAAAAGAUGGUAACAAGUGUUAUUAUUACCAAAGUUUUACUUGCAUUAAGGCUAUUUCUUCUUAUGUUUAUCUACACAGACAGAAAUCCAUUUAUAUUCUUGUGUGUGAUGAGGUUGCAGAUACUAUUUCACCUUGUAUACAAUAACAAAAACUGUGGAACAAAAUUAAUGAGCUGAAUAGCUAGUUCAUUUAGUCAUUCCCCAAGCUUUGCAUAGAGAAGAUGCCAUUGAAAUAUAUCAGCGCCUCUGUAUGAUUUAUAUGUGACUGCAUCAUGUAUCUCCACAACGCACUGAUCUGAACUGCUUACAGGGACUUCUCUCUCACCCAAAAAUUCCAUAGGCAUUAAUGGUUUGCAGUUAUUGUAGAAGUUUGUUACUGUCAUCUCUAUUCUGUGGAGCAUUUUAUUAAGAUUAUUUCAUGAAGAAAGAAGUUUAUCAAUUUCUAAGCACUGGAUGUUCCCUAGACUGACAUCUCUAAGUGAAAAGAAAAGACUCUUCUAUGUGGAG